AUGUCUUCGAAGGCGAUUCAUGAAGCCACCGGCAAGGACCUCAUAAACAGGCACAUAGCACCAGGAACGGCCCUGGUGCCGUGCAGGUUUGCGAUCUUCGAACAGGAUACCGUCUGGGAGGACGAGCUCGGCAAGAACCCAUGGUUGACCAAAGAGCAAUUAGUAGUAAAACCAGACCAGCUGAUCAAGAGACGGGGUAAGCUAGGCCUGGUCGGUGUCAACAAGACCGCAGCGGAGGUCAGACGCUGGCUCUCCGAACACAGUGGCAAGGAACAAAAGGUCGGAGUUGCGUCUGGGAAGCUGAGGAGAUUUGUUGUGGAGCCCUUCAUCAAACAUGAGGCCAACGAGGAGAUGUACCUCUGCAUACAGUCUGGCAGGCGAGCGGACACCAUCAUGUUCCACCACCAGGGCGGAGUGGACGUUGGAGAUGUGGACGCUCUCGCUAUUAGACUUGACGUUCCAGUCGACACAUUCCCAACUGGCGAGGAGAUUGACCGCGUUCUGUUGAAGAACGUCAAAUCGACCACAACGAAACGGAUAUUGACAACCUUCAUCCUAUCCCUAUACCGAGUGUUCGUGGACUUAUAUUUCACAUACAUGGAGAUUAACCCGAUCGUGGUCACCAACGAAAGAGUAUACCUCCUAGACUUGGCCGCCAAGUUGGAUCAAACAGCUGAUUUCAUUUGCGCCAAGAACUGGGGCGAAAUAACAUUCCCCCCGCCCUUCGGAAGGGACGCGUACCCCGAAGAGGCACAUAUCGCUGAUUUGGACGCCAAGAGCGGUGCUAGUUUGAAGCUCACGGUGCUGAACAAGGCGGGGCGCGUGUGGACGAUGGUGGCGGGCGGCGGCGCGUCCGUGGUGUACACGGACACGGUGUGCGCGCUGGGCGGCGCCCACGAGCUCGCCAACUACGGCGAGUACUCGGGCGCGCCCACAGAGAGCCAGACCGCCGACUACGCGAAGACCAUCUUCAGCCUCAUGUGCCGCGACAAGCACCCCAAGGGCAAGGUUCUGAUAAUCGGGGGCGGAAUUGCCAAUUUCACAAACGUGGCGGAUACUUUCCGAGGCAUCAUUACCGCCAUCGAGACAUACAAGGACGCGCUGCUGCAGUACAACGUCACUAUCUUCGUGCGCCGCGGGGGGCCCAACUACCAGGAGGGGCUCAGACAAAUUCGCGAAGUGGGUCACCGACUCCGUAUCCCCAUGUACGUGUUCGGACCGGAAAGUGACAUGACAGCCGUGGUCCGCCUGGCGCUGGGCCACGCACCCAUACCCCCCGACCAUCAGCUAGACUACGCGCCCAAGCAGCUACCCAAACCGGAACCUGGGCCGGCGCCACAAAUAGACCUUCCAGAACUAACAGACAAGCUACUAGACCUGGCCUGUCAAUCAGCUCCUUCACGUCUGGAAUUGGGUCAGCAAGUAUCUUCAAGACCUCUGUUCACUGACCGCACCAAGGCCAUCGUCUGGGGCAUGCAGAACCGCGCGAUACAGGGCAUGUUAGAUUUCGACUAUAUAUGCCGGCGCGCGGAGCCGUCUGUAGUGGCGAUUGUGUAUCCCUUCACAGCUGACCACAAGCAGAAGUACUACUUCGGUAACAAGGAGGUCUUUAUACCAGUGUUCAGCGACAUGGAUGUAGCGAUGCGGAAACACCAAGAGGCGACCGUGCUUGUCAACUUCGCGUCCCUGCGCUCCGCUUAUGACAGCACCAUGCAGGCGAUGCAGCAUCCACAAAUCAACACAAUCGUGAUCAUAGCGGAGGGAAUCCCCGAGAAUAUGACGCGCAAGAUCAUCAAGCUAGCGGACGCCAGAGGGGUGAACAUAAUAGGGCCGGCGACGGUAGGCGGUAUUAAGCCGGGGUGUUUCAAGAUCGGCAACACGGCGGGUAUGAUCGACAAUAUCGUGGACAGUAAGCUGUACCGCCCUGGCAGUGUGGCGUACGUAUCCCGUUCGGGCGGUAUGAGCAACGAACUUAACAAUAUCCUGUCCAAGGAGGCCGAUGGGGUCUGCGAGGGGGUGGCCAUCGGUGGGGACCGAUAUCCUGGGACUACCUUCAUCGACCAUCUAUUCAGAUAUGAAGCAGAUCCCAACGUAAAGAUGCUGGUGUUGCUGGGGGAAGUAGGGGGGGUUGAGGAGUACCACGUCUGUCGUGCUAUACGCGACGGUCGUCUCACUAAACCCUUGGUCGCCUGGUGUAUAGGAACCUGCUCGGACAUGUUCACAUCGGAAGUGCAGUUCGGGCACGCGGGCUCGCUGGCGGGCUCGGCUCUAGAGAAGGCGGCCGCUAAGAACAAGGCGCUGGCCGCCUAUGGGGCCGUCGUUCCUGAUUCCUUUGACACGCUGGGAGCCGCCGUCAACAAGGUGUACAAAAAGUUGGUGUCGGAGGGUAAGAUCAUCGUGAAAGAGGAAGUCGAGCCUCCCAAAGUGCCGAUGGACUACGACUGGGCGAGGAAGCUGGGUAUAAUCCGGAAACCGGCAGCCUUCAUCAGUACCAUCUGUGACGAGCGUGGCCAGGAGUUGAGCUACUGCGGGGUGCCCAUCAGCGCCGUACUGGAGAGGCAGCUGGGAGUCGGAGGCACCAUUAGCUUGCUGUGGUUCCAGCGCGAGCUGCCGGACUGGGCCUGCAAGUUCUUCGAGCUGGUGCUGAUCGUCACGGCCGACCACGGGCCCGCCGUGUCGGGCGCCCACAACACCAUGGUGACGGCGCGCGCGGGCAAGGACUUAAUCUCGUCCGUCGUCAGCGGUCUGCUGACCAUCGGCGACCGUUUUGGAGGAGCUCUAGACCGAGCGGCUCAAGAUUUCUGCGCUGCGUAUGAUCGCGGACAGCAUCCGCAGGAGUUCGUCAACGAAAAGAGGGCCAAAGGGGAACUCAUCAUGGGCAUUGGACACAGAGUGAAGUCCAUCAACAACCCGGACUCCCGCGUGCGCGAGCUGAAGGCCUACGUGACGUCGCGCUGGCCCGCCUGGCCCGUCACGCGCUACGCGCUGGACGUCGAGGCCAUCACCACGCGCAAGAAGCCCAACCUCAUCCUCAACGUGGACGGCAUCGUGGCCGCCGCCAUGGUGGACCUCUUCAGGCACUGCCAGCUCUUCACGAAGGAGGAAGGCAACAACUACAUCGCAAUGGGCUCAAUAAACGCCCUGUUCGUGCUGGGCCGUACAAUCGGCCUGGUGGGCCACUUCCUGGACCAGAAGCGCCUCAAGCAACCCCUCUACCGCCACCCCUGGGACGACAUCACCUACAUGUCGCCUCUCAACUAAAGCGCUACUGCCACUCGCCGCUAGGUGACUCUCGUUUCACUACGCUGAGCAAAUUAUUAGUGAAUACAGUGAAUUAUCGCACUCCGUCGAUAGAUGGCGCUGUUUUACAUAUAACAAUAAUUAUAUAUUAUUAGGUACCAGUAACUGUACGUCGUCGAUAGAUACCGUUGUGUAUCUUAUUUUUCAGUGAAUUAAAAUAGUGGUGCUAUAAACUAACGAAAUUAACGCAAGACUUUUUUUCUAUGUAAUAAAUUACUUUUUCGUUACUUAUUUAUCUUAAAAUGACCUGUUUUUUUUUUCUACACAUAUCCUGAAACAUAUGGGUAUGUUCAUUUUAGAACAUAAUCAAUAACCUUCUGUUUCUUGUUUCUACUUACAAAUUUAUUAUUUCACAUAAUUUACGAUUUAUGUUGAUGUAACAUCUCAAAUGUCUAUAUCAUUAUAAAGCCUAAAUAUCAAAUGACUACAGGGAAUUCCUAAUGUAAAUAGAAAUAAAAUUAAAACAGCGCCAUCUAUCGACAGACUUCGUAGCUUAAAAACCGUCUUAGCAAUAAGUAGAUAAUAAUUUUAGUGGGAUAAUUUGAUGUAGUUGUGUUCUAUUAAUAUGUCUGACAAUUACACUUGUGUGGUAUACCAAAA